AUGCCAAAGUUUUCAGAGUGCUGGCGUUGUGGAAAUACGGUUGAUGCUGGCAUUAUUUGCGAGUUGUGUGGUGUUGCCAAAUAUUGUAGUGAAAAAUGUCAAAGAAAUGACGUAUUUCGACACGAGGCCGAAUGCAUUCCAGCGUCGAUCCUCAAGACAUGCAAGACGUGUAGAAAAAGUGGUCCAAAUCUAAAAGCUUGUACUGGAUGCUAUCAAGCCUUCUACUGCGACGCAAUCUGCCAGAAAAACAACUGGAAAAGGCACAAGAUUGAUUGCGAAGAUGUUAAGGAAACGAUAAAAACACUCGCGCAAGAUAUUUUAAGAGAACUUUCGCCUUGCUGCAAAUAUUAUUAUUGGGGCAACACGCCCGCAUUUGAUUGUUUAAAUUUGGUCGAAAACGAGGGCGAAGACUACAGCUCUGCAUUAAACGUUUUAUUUCUUGUUGUUGGCGACUUACGAAACGUUGCGUUAACGUGUGCGUCGCUACCAGAUACAUACAGCAACAAGCUACUGUUUACGAUAAAUGAUAAAGCAAGUUGCGUGUUGGCUAGACUGGUGGUGUUUCUUUAUAUGUUGAUAAAAGGUAUAGGCUAUGUGUUUAAACAUGAAUUUCGCAUUGUCCGUUUUCGAUCAUUUUGGAAAAUGUUUGGAGAUUUUUUCGAAAACAUGGCUUUUCGUUGGAACACUAAGAGGGCAAUAAAAAUCAUGUACACGGAAAAAUCCUGCCGCUUCAGCACCCAAAUGGCCAUAUUUGAUUUUUAACAUAUUUCUCUUUUGAUCGCGCUCGACGUAUCACAUUUCACUCACUGUCUACUCACUGCUCCUGUGAAAAUUAAACAACUGCAUAUUGGGGGAUCAAACUCAGAUGAAUUGAAUUUAUUAAUAUCCACCUUUGGGAUUUAAAAAUACAAUGGAUUUACAUUGAGUCAUAACAAAUAAGAUCAAUAAUUACAAUUAAAAACUAAUAUUAAAAAGGUUAAGUUAAAAGACAAAGUUAUUGUUAUCAGACUUAUAUAUAUUUACUAGAUCUUGCAAUAGAUCAUGGGAAGUGGUAUUUCGACAUGAAAUCGCACUGCAAAUUAUUAUGGUAAAGCAACUAAGUUAACAUUUAUUUUUCCAUACAGGUGAUUCAGACAUAGAAAAGAUGAUCACAGAACUGUGGUACUCAGUGUCACUGAGUGAAGAAACCUACAAAUAUCUCACCAACACGCUUGAAGAGCUUAUCAACAUCAGGAGCUCAGAGGAUCUAAAGUUAGGAACAUCUGGAAUGAUUAAGAUUAAAGAAAAACACUUCAAGAAGUUUCAAGACGUUUGGAAAAAGUGGCUUCAUUUGAGAGUGCAAGGAACAGACUGGAUUAAGAAGCAACGGUUCGAAAUUAUGAGAAAAUGUGAACCAACUCAUUAUGUCAAUGAAUCGUUUAUUAAAAGUAUUCCAAAACAACAUGUAAGUUCAGCAAAGAAAUGGAAAGAAGACGGAGCUUUCCGACGUACCGCGAUGAGCAUGCCUGCAUUUGCCGAAAACCCAACCUUGACUGGAUAUGACGAAACCUCAUGUGACGACUCUUUUUCCUAUGCUAUUCAAUCGGAAAGCCUUCCAUUCUUUGGAUGGGAUUACGUGCAGACAAAAAAAUUAAAGAAUUCUAGUUGUCUGGUCACAAUGUUUGGUGAUUAUAUCGAAUGCAUUUUACGAAGUUUCAAGAAAAAGUUGUCAAAACAGCAAAUCAGUUUUCAGGUUGUACUAUGUGAUUGCAUGGACUUUAAACAGCAUCUAGAAACGAAUACAUUAUAUGAUCGAAUUCUGACUUCGAACUUAAUGGAUUAUAUCAUUCUUCCAUCUUUACUGAAGCUGUGUUCCGAGGUACUGAACCACAGCAGUACUCACGCAUUGAUUAUCACAGAAACGCUGUUGUGGACUGAUGAAUUUUGCCCCACCGAUAUGUCGCAAGCAUUCAAAAUGAAAAUGUUGAAAGUUGCUAAAGCCGACGUGAAUCACUAUCCAUACUCCCAAAACGACCACCCUGCAAGUAUCCAAGAAUAUAUUGAUGACUCUUGUGAUUUCUACAAUUACCUUAGAGCAUUAUUCUAUGCCUAUAGAUCGAGAGAAGGAAUGGUGACUGAAUGUAAUACUUCAAAGCGAUUAAAAAUUCCUAUAUUGAAAGAGUUGGGUAAUAGUAUAAUUAUUACCCAAUAUUAACUAAUAGUAUAAUUAUUACCUAAUUACUAACUAAUAGUAUAUACUUAUACCGGUAGGUAUAAGCCACCUAGUCACCACUCGCCUCUGAAAGCAACGGCCCAUUGAAAAUCAGUCGUAAUUCACUAAGGGCCUACCGUUGUAAAAUAAGAUUAAAUAAUAAUAACAAUAGUUAAGGGAAACAAAACCAAUAUUUUGACACUGAAAACUAGACCUAAAAACAAACGGGAGGGAAAAAGACUAAACAAUAGUGGCAUUGCCAGUCAUAACUCUCAAUUUCGCUGUGAUCAUUAGAUUGUGGUUCAUGAUAAUUGAAAUGGAUAAAUACGCUAUUUGUUACUACUUAAUAUCUACUUUCUGUUGGUAGGAAUUAAAGAACAAUUUCAAUAAAAUAAUCGC